CAUUUUUUGUUUUUCAAUCUUUCUCUCUCCACAUGGACGAGCUUCCUCCAGUUUUAAUUCUGGACAUAUUAAACAGAGUGAAUGAUUUCGCUGAUCUAGCUCGAUGUAGACUCUCUUCCAAAACCCUAAACGCCCUCUCCUAUGAUGUUCGAUCUUUGAACCUCUUUUGCUCCUACGAUCGGUACUUGAAAUCGAAAGCACCUGGAACGAAAGAUUUCGUCACUCCCUUCAAGAAGGUUAUCAAAAAAGUUCUCAAGAAUUUGAGAAAUAUUGAAUCUGUCGCUAUUGGUGUUGAGAAGCCAUUUCGUGGGUUAUUUGAUGAAGAUGAUGGAGACGACGAAUCUGAUGAUCUCUACCUUUCAGACGUCAAUUUCGUAUCAGAAUGGCUGCCGGAAAUUUCAGGAGGCCUGAAAUCGUUAUCGGUUUCUGAUUUCUGGGCUCAGUCUUGCUGGCGACAGUCUGAGGUUCUCUCUCGAAUUUCGUCAUUCUGUCACGUUCUUCUUAAAUUAGAGCUGAAGAAUGCUUGGCUGUCAGUGGAGGGCUUGAAACCAAUGCCAAUGCUCACAAGUUUGACACUCGAAUAUGUAAGAUUAGAUGAUGAGGACCUAGAAAAGGUGAACCAAUGCUUCCCCUCUCUGCAGAAUCUUAGUCUUAUUGGGGUUGGAGGGCUUAAAGAACCUAAGAUACAUUUCUUGCAACUUAGAACUUGUCAUUGGACAGUAUCCAAUGCUCCAAUCUCUUUGACUAUACAUGCCCCUAACCUUACUUCACUCAAAUUGAACUGUGUCAAACCAAAGAGUCUAGUUCUUGAAGCACCAUUGCUCUCUAUACUCUAUCUUUGCAUUGAAGGAACAGAUAAGUUUGGAUUGGCAUGCUUAUCUCAUUUGAAGUCACUUCACAUUGAAACUGCUGAUAUUUGCAUCCUUGGACAGCUGUUUCAAUCUGGUAGAACAGUUGAAACUUCGGUGGUGGAUUCAUCUAAAUGGGAUGAAAUAGUUGCCGUUGGUGGAGAGGUUGGCUUUGGAGCUUUGUCAAGUGCUUUUCCGAAUGUUUGUGCUCUUGAAUUGGGACCUAGGUCAUGGUCAGCAUUAGAGAUGUCUUUUCAUAUGAGACGCUUGAACAAGGAGAGUAGAAUGAAGGAUUUGAAAAAACUGAUGGCAUAUUUGAGGUUAUCGGAAUUUGGAGUCACAUGUUCAUUCAUUUCCUCUCUACUGGAUCAAUGCACCAACUUGUCAGAUGUGGCGCUGCUCAUCCACCGUGAUGUCAGUUUUGAUGUUGCAUGCCGACUCAGGUCCAGGUGUGUGAGAGAUUUUCCUAGGGUUGGGUGGAGAUGGGGUUUUUGGAAAGAAGAAACAGAAGAUAUUUGGGUCUCUUAGCAAACAUGUCCAAAGGAAGAAGUACAAAAGGUCCCUCAUUUUUGUACAGGGAUAUUCUUAGUUAGUUUCUGUAAGCUUGUUAUUGAAGAGCCCCUCGUGUACUGCAAUGGCUGUUUAUAAGCACAGUACUGUAA